CCACCUCCCCACACACCCGGUGUUACUCUAGAUUAUUAUCUUUUACACGCCGAACAUCUUCGCAAUGGCAUUAUUAUCAACGUCAUCGUCAACGCCGACAAUGGCGUACGUCUUCAAGCGAGGUAAGCGGAAAGAGAGUAUCCAAGCUGACAAGCUUACUGCACGGGUUAAGAAGCUAUCUUAUGGUCUCGAUGACAUGCAUCUCGAUGCCAACGAAGUCACACAGAAGGUCAUCCAGGGCGUGUAUCCUGGAAUCACGACCAGUGAACUCGACAAUCUUGCGGCAGAGACGGCCGCCUACCUCACAACCAAACACCCAGACUACGCUAUUCUCGCAGCUCGGAUCGCGGUCUCGAAUCUUCACAAAACGACGAAGGAAAGCUUCUCCCAAACCAUCUCUGAUCUCUAUCACUAUGUCAACCCCAAAACAGGCAGAGCGGCGGGGAUGAUCUCAGAUGAGACAUACAAGUUCGUCAAUGAACACGCAGAACGUCUCGAUUCGGCCAUUGUAUGGAGUCGUGACUUCGAAUACAACUUCUUCGGCUACAAGACCCUUGAGCGGUCAUACCUGCUCAAAAUCAACGGUCGUACAGCCGAGCGUCCGCAACACUUGCUUAUGCGCGUUGCUUGCGGUAUCCAUCCUAAUGACAUCGACCGCGCUCUUGAGAGCUACACCCUUAUGUCGCAGCGCUACUUCACACACGGCUCGCCUACGCUCUUCAAUGCUGGUACGCCGAACCCGCAGUUGGCGUCCUGCUUCCUCGUUUGUAUGAAAGACGAUUCCAUCGAGGGUAUCUACGAUACCUUGAAGUCUUGCGCCAUGAUCAGCAAGUCUGCAGGCGGUAUUGGUCUUAACAUCCACAACAUUCGUGCUACUGGUUCCUAUAUCGCAGGAACGAAUGGCUACUCCAACGGAAUUGUACCUAUGCUUCGCGCGUUCGACGCCACGGCUCGUUAUGUUGACCAGGGUGGUAACAAGCGUCCCGGUGCCUUCGCUAUCUAUCUCGAGCCUUGGCAUGCGGACGUAUUCGAAUUCCUCGACCUCCGUAAGAACCACGGAAAGGAAGAAGUCCGUGCCCGUGACCUAUUUUACGCAUUAUGGAUCCCGGACCUCUUCAUGAAGCGCAUUGGCGAAAACGGCAACUGGUCCUUGUUUUCUCCUGACGAGGCCCCCGGUCUCCACGAGGUUUACGGUGACGAGUUCGAGGCCUUGUACGAGAAAUACGAGCGUGAAGGAAAGGCGAUGAAGACUAUUCCUGCCCAGAAGCUUUGGUAUGCCAUCAUGGAUGCGCAGAUCGAGACGGGUGGUCCUUUCAUGUGCUACAAGGAUGCUGCCAACCGCAAGACGAACCAGAAGAACCUCGGCGUCAUCAAAUCUUCCAACCUUUGCACCGAAAUCAUGGAGUACUCCGCUCCUGACGAGACCGCCGUCUGCAACCUCGCCUCGCUCGCCUUGCCCAGCUUCAUCGAGAACGGUGUUUACAAUUUCCAAAAAUUGCACGACGUUACGAAAGUUGUCACCUAUAACUUGAACCGUGUCAUCGACCUCAACUUCUACCCCAUCCCCGAGGCUCGUAACUCGAACAUGCGCCACCGGCCCAUCGGUCUCGGCGUUCAAGGUCUCGCCGAUGCCUUCAUGAUCCUUCGCAUGCCGUUCGACUCGGACGAGGCCAGGAAACUGAACCUGCAGAUCUUCGAGACGAUCUACCACGCGGCGGUCGAGGCGAGCUGCGAUAUCGCCAAGGUAGAGGGCGCGUAUGCGAGUUACGAGGGCAGCCCGGCGAGUAAGGGAGAGCUGCAGUUCGAUCUUUGGGGAGUCAAGCCGUCGGAGCUGUGGGACUGGGCGGAGUUGAAGGCGAAGGUGGCACAGCAUGGGUUGAGGAACUCGUUGCUCGUCGCACCUAUGCCUACGGCUUCGACCAGUCAGAUUUUGGGCAACAAUGAGUGCUUCGAGCCGUACACCAGUAACAUCUACACUCGUCGUGUUCUCGCUGGAGAGUUCCAAGUCGUUUGCCCUUGGCUUCUUCGCGAGCUCAUUCGCCUCGACCUCUGGGACGACAACAUGAAGAACCGUAUCAUCGCCCACAACGGCUCCGUCCAGUACAUCCCCGAGAUCCCAGACGACGUCAAGGCCAUCUACAAGACUGUUUGGGAGAUCUCGCAGAAGAAGGUCCUCGACCUCGCUGCCGACCGUGGCGCGUUCAUCUGUCAGUCUCAGAGCUUGAACAUCCAUCUCCAGGCUCCAACUGUUGGUCAGUUGACGAGCAUGCACUUCUACGGGUGGAAGCGUGGCUUGAAGACGGGCAUGUACUACUUGAGGACGAAGCCUGCUUCCCAGGCGAUUCAGUUCACGCUGGAUCAUAACUUGGUGAAGGAGACGAAGAAGGCCCAGGAUAAGAGGGGCGUUCAGAAGGCCGAGGCAUCGAGGGCGUCGGAGAAGGAGGCGGCAAAGACGGCUUUGGAAGCACCCGCCGCCAAAGCUACGGUCGAUGCUGCUGUCAAGCCCGAGGGUGGAUUGAGCACCCCACCCCCCGAGUCCAACGUUCCUAUCGUUCCCGUCCAGUCUGACUCCCAAGCUUCGACCGAUUCUUCGCGUUCUUCACCUGGUCCUGCCACCCCGGCCGAGAACACUGGCGCUCCUGUCGACCUCAUGAAAGCCCUCGAGAGCAUGAGCUUGGACGACAAGACGAAGGAGGCUGCUGCGAAGGAUCCCGAAUUUGCGGCGGCGUUGUUGAAGGCACAGGAGAGGAAGUUUGAGGAGGAGAAGCUGAUGUGUUCGCUCGAGAACAAGGAGGCUUGCCUCAUGUGCUCGGCUUGAUAGGUCCCAUUUCCAUCUCCUCAUUUGAAUAUUGGCUGUAGCUAUAUCCUCUCGCUCUUUUGUGAUGUUUGUCCGUUAUCAGCGAUCGCCAGUCGUUUUUCGUUGAUCGGUACCCCUAAUAUUCCUGAAGCAGUCUUACUAUAUCUGUUCGUAUCUCGUUAGCUCUGUUCUCGUAUGUAUUGUCCUGUAUGUUUAGACCAUCCAUAUGCAUGUUUUUCUUUGUUAC